AUGUCAGCCAAUGUGCAGAAUAGCAUUAUGCUUUUCGGUGAUUCUAUCACUCAAGGUGGCUGGGAGCCUGGUAUUAAUGGUUUUGGAGCCAGUCUAGCUCAUAGAUAUGCGCGUAAAUUAGACGUUAUUAAUCGAGGGUUCUCUGGAUAUAAUACUGAAUGGGGCAUCCCGGUAUUUGAGCAACUCUUUGCAACUCGGGAACAGCAGAAGGAUUUGCCAACAGUCCGAUUAUUGAUCAUUUGGUUUGGAGCAAACGACUCGUGCCUAGUCCAAUCCCCUCAGCACGUACCGCUGCCGAAAUUCGCGUACAACCUCAAACAUCUUGUGAACUUGGUACAGUCGCCCAAGUCCGAUUAUUAUUCGCCGAACACACGCAUCAUACUCGUGACACCUCCGCCAGUGAAUACAUACCAACGUAGAGCUAAUUUGGACGCCAGAGAUCCGCCUUUGCUGCUAGACAGAGAUUUCGAGAACACCAGAAACUACGCCGAGAGGGUCAAGGAAAUAGCUCAAGAGGAGGCGGUCGCAAUCAUUGAUAUUUGGACCAAAAUGUGGGAUGCUGCCGGCCACGACGAGCAGUCGCUCAGUAAUUUUCUGUACGAUGGAUUGCACUUGAACGGUGCGGGCUACCAGCUGAUGUAUGAUGCGGUGUUGGAAACGAUAGAAAAGACCUAUCCAGAGUUGCACCCAGAUAAAUUGCAGAUGGUUUUCCCUGGUUGGGCCUCGAUAGACCGUACCAACGUGGCCGCGUCGGUGCAGAAGAGGGCCGCGGAGCAACUCCCAGAGGAGUAG